AUGAGCUCAUUCCAAGUGGAAAAUCUCUUCAAUGUGAAGGAUAAAGUUGUACUGGUCACUGGUGGUAGUAGGGGGAUUGGGAAAAUGAUAGCUACGGGAUUCAUAAGGAAUGGGGCAAAGGUUUAUAUAUCUUCUCGUUCUGCCAAGAGCUCUCAACUGCACUCGGACCAGGGAAAUGUAUCCCACUUCCUGCGAACCUGGCGCAAUACGAAGGAGGUAGAACGCGUUGCUAAUGACCUUGCUGCCAAGGAGCCAGUUCUUCACGUUCUUGUCAACAACGCAGGCGCCGCAUGGGGUGAUUCCCUGGACGACUUCCCGGAUGCAGCUUUUAGCAAGGUUCUCACUCUAAACUUGCAACGGGUGUUCACGUUGACACAGAAACUUCUUCCGCUGCUUCGAGCGGCGGCCGCUUUGUCAAAGGACGGCGAGACGUUUGCAGAUCCUGCGCGUAUCAUCAAUAUUGGGUCAGUGGAAGGAAUAGCCGUACCCAUACACGAAACAUAUGCAUACUCAGCCUCGAAGGCUGCACUUCACCAUCUCAGUCGGCAUCUGGGAGGACGACUUGGUCCAGAAGGCAUCGUUUCGAAUACAAUCGCGUGUGGUCCUUUCCCUACCAAGAUGACUGCGCAUAGCUUGGAGGCUGUCAAGGAUGUUUUUACGUCUACUAUACCGUUGCGCCGUCUAGGGAAACCAGAAGACGUGGCGGGGGCAGCACUCUUCCUUGCGAGUCCUGCAGGUGCCUUCGUGAACGGAGCGACGAUCACUCUGGAUGGCGGGAUGUUGGUGUCAAUGACCAAACUGUAAUAGAAUCUAAUGGUACAUUUCAUUUAUUCAAGACGUAUUUCCUAGUCCAUAUUACAGCUACUGAGUAUUAUUUAAGGGUAUAAUAUCUUUCUGUACAGCACUUAUGCUUCUCUGUUUUUCUU